UAUAUUACUGCUUGAAACUCCGAAGUCUGAGCGCUCCUCGCCUUCUACAGUUCUACUCGCGUCUUGGCCCUCGAUCUCUCUCUCGAUCCCAAAUCAAAUCGAAAAUAUGCUGUUCUUCUCGUACUUCAAGGAGUUGGUGGGCAAAGAAGUGACAGUGGAGCUCAAGAACGAUCUAGCAAUCAGAGGGAUCCUUCACUCCGUCGAUCAGUACCUCAACAUCAAGCUCGAAAACACUAGGGUCGUCGAUCAGGACAAGUAUCCUCACAUGUUGUCCGUUAGAAACUGUUUCAUCAGGGGAUCUGUUGUCAGGUAUGUUCAGCUUCCACCUGAUGGAGUUGAUAUUGACAUACUUCAUGAUGCCACCAGAAGAGAAGCACGCGGUGGUUGAUUUGUUAUGUUUUUAGUUGCCUAGACUCUUUUGGUUGCCUUACAAACUGCUGUAUUGCUUGAAAAUUACUUGAUCCAGAUUACUGACAUAUGUCAAGUUGAAGAAACUGUGCACUUGGUGAUACUUCAGUUUCAUUAUUCUCAUCGCUAGUUUUUCUUCUUUCAUGGAAAAGGAAUUUAUUUUAAGAUGUGAUGUGAAACAUACUGCUGGAAAAACCUGAAUAUGAGGUUGGGUGGGUUUCAUUAAGGAAUAUGUUCAGUUUUUUAUUUGAAA